ACUUAUCAAAAGAUGCUCAACAUGGGCAUCAAGCCGACCAAAGAUAUUUACACAACUCUUAUCUUUUUUCAUCUUCGACGGAAAGACAUUUACGAGGCAUCUGUUUUAUAUAAACAAAUGACAGAGAAAGGCAUAGAACAUGAUAGUUAUUUAUUUGCUGCUUUAAUUUAUCUGCGUGGAAUACUUGAUGAUUCGGAAGGUGCUAGAAAAACAUAUGACAAAAUGAAAGAAGUUGGAAUUAUUCCUAACACAGUGUCAUUCAAUCAGCUCAUAUAUUCUCACGCUCGUGACAGAAAAGUAAGCGCUUCGCAGAUCGAAGCUUUGUAUCUCGAAAUGUUGGCAGAAAAAUUAGAGCCAAAUCAUUAUACGUUUGAGCUACUUAUUGACGCAAUGUCUAAAAGACAUGCAUUUGCAAAUAUAUGUGAAGCCUUCAAUGAAAUGUCCAAAAGAAACAUUCCUAUAACAGAUGUAGCUUACAACUCUCCGAUCCGUCAUCAUGGAUUAGCGGGAAAUAUGGAACUUGCUUGGAAAUUUUUCAACCGAAUGAUUUCUGCAGGAAUAGAACCAUCUAU